CUGGGGCUCACGGAUGGCCCCAUUGCGGGGGGCAGAACUGGUCCAGACGCCACUGCAGCUGUACCGUUACUUGCUGCGUUGUUGCCGGCAGCUGCCAACCAAGGGCAUCCGGGAGCACUACAAGCAUGCCGUCAGGCAGAGUUUCCAGGUUCACUCCGAUGAAGACAAUCCCGAGAGAAUCCAGCAGAUUAUUAAAAGAGCCAUUGAAGAUGCCGAGUGGAUCCUGAACAAGUAUAAGAAACAAAACUGAGAACCAGGAGUUUGCACCGCGGCCGUCCUGGGGACGCUUGGAACUCAGAGGCCUCUCUGCCUUUGGAACUAAGGAGCAGCGUCAGUUCUGGAAUAUUCUUUGACCUUGAAACCAUAGCCGGCAUUCGGCUGGGUGGCUCUUGUCACUGCAGCCAUGUCGCCAGCACCUUUUAUGUCCCCUCUGCCAGCCAGGAAUGAUGUACAGUUUGGGGAGAACUUGGUGUUCCUCUGCCUCUUCUCCGUGCUUCUCAUUUCUGCCUAUCUCUUCUUUUACUUUGCUCUGAAGGCAAUGAAUUUAUUCUGGAGGUCCGUUUACCCUUCUCCAAGCCCCAGAAGAGAUGCCCCCUCAGACGACCACCUGUACAGAAAAAAGAGAGUGGGUCUGAGAGCCAGGCAGUUGUGGAUCUGAGUCCCAGCCAGC